UUGGUGUAUAUAUAGCUAAUUAAUUAACACAAUACACAAGUAGCAGACAUGGCUAGAAUAGUAGAAAAUUAGAAACUAGAAGGUGGUAUUUUUGCCAGUCCUACUUAUUUUCCAUCAUUUAUUGACGAUACUGCACUCUUCCACAUAACACAAACCAUACUUCCUUCAAUCUUCAUUCAUUUCUCUGCCAAUUCCCACACAAUCCAAGAAACUGUAAAACCAACCACCACCGCUUUCCAACCUUCUAACAUUAACUUCACCUUACCUUUUUCAUUAUCAAAUAUUACUAUCAACUUCGUUCUUCUUCUCACAAACUAAACACCCAUCACCAUCAUCAUUAUCAUUUACGUAAACUUCUCACUAAUGAUACUACUACUACUAUUCUUCUUCCUGGGCCUUUCUAAUGGCGCCAACAACGUGACUGAAACUACUCUCAAAGUUCUUUUGGAGGUGAAGUCAUCGUUUCUUCAAGACCCACUGAAGGUUCUGGCGGAUUGGAGAUUCAACAACACUAACUACUGUUCAUGGAAUGGAAUCACAUGCAAUGAUGAUAAAACCGUCGUGGGAAUCAACCUAUCUUCCUCUUCACUCAAUGGCUCAAUAUCACCGUCACUCUCUCGUUUACAAUCUCUUCUUCAUCUUGACCUCUCUUCUAACAGUCUUGUGGGUCCCAUCCCUGUCACUCUCACUAACCUCACUUCAUUGGAGUCCCUUCUUCUUCUCUCCAACCAACUCACCGGUCACGUUCCCGCCGAGUUCGGCUCCAUGCUCACUCUCCGAAUCCUCAAACUCGGUGAUAACCUACUCACUGGUUUUAUUCCUCCUUCGCUUGGGAACCUCGUCAAGCUUAGCUUUCUUGGACUCGCCUAUAACGCACUCGCUGGAACGAUUCCAACUCAUCUAGGUCAACUCACCGAGUUGCAGCAGCUGGUUCUUAAGGGAAAUAUGUUGACGGGGACGAUUCCCGUUGAGUUAGGGAACUGCUUCAGUCUCCAGAUACUCAACCUUGCAAGUAACAAGCUGACGGGUCAGUUACCGAGUCAACUCGGGGAGCUGAGUGAACUCACUGACUUGGUCCUCAUGGAUAACCAGCUUGUGGGUAACAUUCCAAAGUCUCUUUUUCAACUGGGCAAGCUUCAAAUUCUGGACUUGUCAAUGAACAAUCUCACUGGAGAGGUUCCAGGUGAGUUUGGAAACUUGAGAGAGUUACAGAACUUGAGUCUCUCUUGGAACCAAUUUCAUGGUAGUACUAUUCCUAGUACUAUGUGUUCCAAUAAUGCAUCAAAGUUGGUGUCUUUGAGUAUUUCAGAUUGUGGGCUUCAUGGUGUGAUUCCAAUUGAGUUAGCUCAGUGUGUAUCAUUGAAGGUUCUUGAUUUGGCUAAUAACUCUCUCAGUGGUUCAAUCUCUCCCUUCAUUAUUGGGAACCUUACAAAUUUGGAGGAAAUUUAUUUGUACAGAAACAAGCUGAAUGGUUCUUUUCCUAGAGAGAUUGGGAAGCUUGGCAAGUUGCAAAGUUUGUCCCUUUUUGAGAAUCAAUUAUCUGGGCAGAUACCUUUGGAGAUUGGUAACUGUCUAGGGUUGCAAUUGAUUGAUCUUUUUGGGAACCAAUUCAGUGGUGGGAUUCCGAUCACUAUUGGAAGGCUUAAAGAGUUGAAUUGGUUUCACCUUAGGAAUAAUAACCUUGAGGGGAAAAUUCCUGCCACACUUGGUAACUGUCAAAAGAUGAAGAUGAUUGAUCUGGCAAAUAAUCAGCUAUCAGGUUCAAUUCCAGCAACAUUAGGGUUCCUGAGAGGAUUGGAUCAGCUCAUGCUAUACAACAAUUCUCUUGAAGGCAAUCUUCCUCACCAGCUUGCAAAUGUAGCAAACUUGACAAGAGUGAACCUUUCAAGGAACAAGCUUAAUGGUAGUUUAGCUCCAUUGUGUAGCUCAAGUUCAUUUCUUUCCUUUGAUGUAACUGAUAAUAAAUUUGAUGGUGUGAUUCCCUUUCAAUUGGGAAAUUCACAUUCUCUUGAUAGGCUCAGAUUAGGUAACAAUAGAUUUUCUGGUGAAAUUCCAAGGACAUUGGGGAAAAUCACUGAGAUGACAUUGUUAGACUUAUCAAGAAACUCACUCUCUGGACCAAUACCAGAUGAGCUUUCCUUGUGUCACAAUCUUUCCCACAUUGAUCUGAACAAUAAUUCGCUGACCGGACCGAUACCAUCGUGGCUUGGAAUCUUGCCGGAACUGGGAGAGCUUAAGCUCUCAUUCAAUCAACUUUCUGGGUCUCUUCCAUUAGGCCUAUUCAAUUGUACAAAGUUGCUAGUACUCUGCCUUGAUGGAAAUUCCCUUAAUGGAAGCCUCCCAGGGCAUAUUGGUAAUCUUACAUCACUGAAUGUCCUUAGUCUUGGCCAAAACAAUCUCACUGGGUCAAUUCCUCAAACAGUUGGUAGGCUAGUCAACCUUUAUGAGCUGCAGCUUUCAAGAAAUGGAUUCAGUGGUGAGAUCCCAUUUGAGAUUGGAAACCUCCAGAAUCUUCAGAACAUUCUGGACCUCAGUUACAAUAAUCUCUCUGGUGAGAUCCCAAGUUCAAUUCGUUCGCUUUUGAAAUUGCAAGCUCUUAAUCUUUCCCACAAUCAACUCAGUGGUGGAGUCCCUCUGCUGCUUGGUGAAAUGUCAAGCUUGGACCAACUUGAUCUCUCUUACAAUAAUUUACAAGGCCAGCUGGAUAUGCGAUUCUGUCGCCGCUGGCCUUUCGAAGCUUUUGCCGGGAACCUUCGCCUUUGCUGGGCCUCUAAGUGCAGCAAAGGCAAUGGUUACAGCAAUAAGCUACCAAUGAUGAGUCUGUCAGCACUAGUUAUAGUCUUUUCCGUUUCAAGUAUUGUUGCAAUUGCAAUACUAAUGUUUGCAGGCAGAGUUUUCCUUAAAAACAAGCAAGAAAUUUUUAGGAAGUUUGGUGAAGUGAAUUGCAUUUACUCCUCUUCUUCACAUGCAAAGAAGCGAUUUCUGCUUCCUCUUAACAUUGGUGGGAACCGAGAAUACAGGUGGGAAGAUAUCAUGGAUGCUACAAACAAUCUAAGUGAGGAAUUCAUCAUUGGUUCUGGAGGUUCCGGGACGGUGUACCGAGCCGAAUGGGCCACCGGAGAGACAGUAGCUGUGAAGAAGAUUUCAUUCAAAGAUGAGUAUCUCUUAAACAAGAGCUUCAUAAGAGAAAUGAAGACUUUGGGGAGGAUUAGGCAUAGACAUUUGGUGAAACUGAUUGGUUGUUGUAGCAACAGAAAGAAAGGAUGUUCAGGUUGGAAUCUGCUGAUAUAUGAGUACAUGAAGAAUGGGAGUGUGUGGGAUUGGCUUCAUGGAAGAACAUUGAAGGAAAAAGGGAUUCUUGAUUGGGAUGCAAGGUUCAGAAUUGCUGUGGGAUUGGCUCAUGGAUUAGAGUACCUUCAUCAUGAUUGUGUUCCAAAGAUUAUUCAUAGGGACAUCAAGACCAGUAACAUAUUGCUGGAUUCAAAGAUGGAUGCACAUUUGGGAGAUUUUGGACUUGCAAAAGCACUCAUUGACAAUUCUGACUCCACUUCCUGUUUUGCUGGCUCUUAUGGUUACAUAGCCCCUGAGUAUGCAUACACAAUGAAGGCAACAGAGAAGAGUGACGUGUACAGUAUGGGAAUUGUGUUUAUGGAACUUGUAAGUGGCAAAAUGCCAACAGAUGAAGCUUUCAGGGGAAACAUGGACAUGGUGAGAUGGGUGGAGAUGCACUUCCACAACCAAGAUGCCGCCAUGCGUCAGGAGCUCAUAGAUCCUGAGCUGAAGCCGCCUUUACCCACCGAGGAGUUCGCGGCGUUCCAAGUGGUUGAGAUAGCUAUGCAGUGUACAAAAACUGCACCACAGGAGAGGCCAUCUUCAAGGCAAGUUUGUGAUCUUCUUCAGCAUGUUGCCAAAAACAAGAGAUUCAAAUUUGAGAAGAAGGAACAUUGGGAGUCAACACAAGUGAUUUGAGUUUUCCUUCCACUAUAUGGAUUAAUUAAAAGGGUAGGCAUGCUUAGUAAUUUCAUGUUAUUUAAGGAUUUAAACUUUAAAGACAUAAUUUAUCAUAGGGAGUUUUGGUAUGAUCGUUUGUUUCAU